AUGCGAUUAGUAAUUACAAAAGAUUAUUCAGAAAUGUCCGAGUGGGGUGCUCGGUAUAUUAAAAAGAGAAUAAAUGAUUUUAAACCAGGUCCUAAUCGAUAUUUUGUACUCGGUUUACCAACUGGCAAUACACCUUUAGGUACUUAUAGAAAAUUAAUUGAAUUUGUUAAUGCUAAACAAUUAUCAUUUAAAUAUGUAAUUACUUUUAAUAUGGAUGAAUAUGUUGGAUUACCAAGAGAUCAUCCUGAAGGUUAUCAUUCAUUUAUGUGGAAUAAUUUUUUUAAAUAUAUUGAUAUUGAUCCAAAAAAUGUUCAUAUACUUAAUGGAAAUGCACCAGAUCUUAUAAAAGAAUGUGAUGAAUAUGAACGAGCUAUUAAAGAUGCUGGUGGUAUUGAAUUAUUUGUUGGUGGUAUUGGACCUGAUGGACAUAUUGCUUUCAAUGAACCAGGAUCAAGUUUAAUAUCUCGAACUCGAGUAAAAACACUUGCACAAGAUACAAUUAGUGCUAAUGCACGUUUUUUUAAUAAUGAUGUAAAUCAAGUACCGAAAUCAGCAUUAACUGUUGGUGUUGGAACAGUUAUGGAUUCACGAGAAGUAAUGAUAUUAAUAUCGGGUACAGCAAAAGCCUAUGCACUUCAUAUGGCUAUUGAAGAAGGUGUUAAUCAUAUGUGGACAGUAUCAGCAUUUCAAAAUCAUCAAAGAUUUUUAUGUGUUUGUGAUGAAGAUGCAACAAUGGAAUUAAAAGUUAAAACAGUACGAUAUUUUAAAGGUUUAAUGGCUGUACAUUCACAAUUAAUUGAAGAUAGUGGUCAUCCAUCAUUACUUCAAACUGAAAAUUAA